UAACAAUAACAUAAUUGGGGAUUAUUCCUUCACUAAUUCCGUUUUCAAACCCUAAUUUCGGAUCAACUGCAAAUGGGGAAGAUUCCGGUGAAGAUCAAAUCCGUUGUGUACGGCCUCUCGCCGUUCCAGCAGAAGAUAAUGCCCGGUCUCUGGAACGAAUUCACCCAUAAGAUCACUCACAAAGUCACCGAGAAUUGGCUCAACGCCGUUCUUCUCGUCGGCCCUGUCGUCGGCGUUUACUCGUAUGUCCAGAGCUAUCAAGAAAGUGAGAAAUUGAAGCAUAGGUACUAAUGAACAUGAAAGAAUGAUUGAUGUCUCCUUCCUUUAAAUAAAUGAAAGUAAUUUCCAUUAUUGAUUAUACAUACAGUGGUUUAUUGUGUUUGUUGAACUCCUUAUCCAUUUUUGUCACUUUUUUCACUAAUGAUUUUAUUCGCGUAUGGUCUGGGUUCAAAUGAACCCACUUGAUCGUUCAUUUAUGUUCAUGCAAACGUAUUUUUAACA